UCCGGCGCUCCUCGCCAGAGGCUGAUGCGCAUGCGCGCCCCUCCCAUCGAGUGAUCGGAUCGUUCCCCUCUCUCUGCCCGCACAGGCUCCCCCUUUUGCGCAUGCGUGCUGGGAUCGAGCCGGGGGCGCGGGAAGCCUGCGGCCUGGCUUGUUACCAGAAUCUCAAUGGCUUUCUUGAGUAGGCGACUGGACUUGCUGUUAACCCAAGUAAACAGAGCAGUCGAGCAGCGGCACUUCAGCAUCACUGGAGCAUGCAGUGCGAUACAGAAACUGACCCGCGUGCGAGUGGUGGACAACAGUGCCUUGGGGAACACGCCGUACCAUCGGCCGCCCAAAUGCAUCCAUGUGUAUAACAAGACUGGAGUUGGUAAAGUGGGGGAUAAAAUUCUCCUGGCUAUCAAAGGAGAAAAGAAAAAGGCUUUAAUUGUAGGUCACAGGAUGCCUGGCCCUUGCAUGACACCUAGAUUUGAUUCCAACAAUGUGGUGCUCAUCGAAGACAAUGGAAACCCAACGGGGACUAGAAUAAAAACCCCAAUACCCUUGAUCCUGCGGAAGCGCGAAGGAGAGUUCUCUAAAGUGUUGGCCAUUGCCCAGCACUUAGUGUGAAGACUGUGAAAGGUCUCAGGCUGUCCUGCUGCAUGAUCUUUGGAAGAGUAAGUGUUCCAUGUGGUUCAGCUUAACCUAGAAGAGGAACCGAGGAGAACUGAGGUUCAUUGGGAGACUUGUCUUCUACUCAUGAAUUAAGAUCUAUAGCCGAAUAAAAGAUUUUUAAGACA